AGUGUAAUGGUGCCUAUGGCUAAGGCAUGAAGACUCAUGUGGACAUACUUGGAUCCACUAUGGUGUUCUGUUAUUCUGGUCACAAUUUUCCCCUACACUUCAUCAAAACCACCUGUCUGUGCAUGCUUGUCAUCUAAGUCCAAUCACCCAUUAAGAGAAACACAAAGGAUCUUACAGUAUAAUGCAACUGUGCUGAUUGGGGAUUGAUGGUUUACAUUAAAAAAUGUUGGAUAAUGUAAACAUUUUGAGUAUAACAGCACCUAUAACAGAUACCUUUUGUAUCAUACAGUAUGUCUGGUGCCUAAUCCUCUGAUUCCUCCUUUCUCUCUUUAAUGUUUAAUGUUUAAAAACAAAAGAGAAAAACAACAUGAUCCACAUUUUGCCUUUUUGUAACAAGAGUGAUAUUUUUUGUUGGUGUUCAACUGUUGAGUAUUUUUAUGCAAUAUAGGGCUCUAUAGUUUCAUGUACAUGUUACCUGACUUUAUCCUACUUGACUUUCCGUGUCUUCCGGCAUCUUUGUUUGCAGGCUAACGGGAGUGCUAUGAAAGCUGGUGGGGAUAGUAAUCAUGUUUCCCUUGCUUUACCUGCUUCUAAGAUCCCAGCCUUUAUACAUAGCUCUACCCGUGCUCCUAAUGCGAACAUGACUAGGCCUAGUAAUAAAACCUCUUCCUCUAUUAAGUCCUCUAUCCCAUGUCUCAGUCUGAGCUGGCCCAGCUGUAGAUCCUUCUUGCCCUCAAAGGACUCUGUCCAAAGCCCUCGUUCCCCUGGGCAGACUAAAGGUCAAACCCUAACCCUUCCUUCACAGACUCAAAAUUGCUCCCUCACCUCCUAUUCCUACUCAUCCUCUUCUAGCCCCCACUCAUCCUCCUCCUCUGUCUCUCCAACCUCCACUUCUUCCUCCUCCUCCCCUUCCUCUCCCUCCCUCCUGUCCCCCACUGCCAUGUGCAGGAGUGGCCGAGCUGCACACAUGCCCACAAGUGUCAGCAGCCACAAAUCUCUGAAGGCCAGCAGUGGCCAAGCCACUAUCGCACCAGCAUCCUUUACCGGGAAUAUGGCAUAAACUUAAAUUCUCUCAUUUUGUGUUUGCACUCCCAUUCUGGUGGGAUUUGAGUUGGGCAUCUACUUUUCUGUAGCAAAUAGAGACACUGAUUUAGUUAUGCCGUGUAUUUGGGGUGGUAUUAUUUGUCUUUGUGCACUACUUCUGAAAUCAUAGUAAUUCAGCAUAUUUGUAUUUACAAACCAGAACAAAUUCAACAAAAUAGAUCUAGAGCCACAUAUGGUGCUUCAAAAUAAUGGAUUUUUUGUUAAUGUGACUUGACAGUGUUGGCUUUAUAUUUUUAGAUGUGCUUUUGAAAAUUAUUUGUUUACUUAUAUGAACUAUAUAAAACAUAUAUUGCUAUUUUAGAGAAAGGAAUUUAAAUGAAUGCAACAUAUUAUAGUAUAUUUUGAUUUAAAUAGCCAUAUACAAUGGGGUCCAAAAGUCUGAGACUGCAUUGAAAAUAACAAAGACACUGUAUGAAGUAAAAUAAGGAUCAGGUUUUUAAAUGGAUCGGGUAUCGGUCCGACGAGCCAGAUCCAAAUCCGAUACUGUGCGUUAGUCAUGUUCAUUACUGCCAAGCUCAAAACAUUACAUAAAAGAACUAUGUAACAAAACCAAACAACUUGUAACAACUAAAUUGAACAAAAAAGAGAUCUGAAUCCUUUAAAGUUUUUGCAAAUAAUUUUUUUUUUUGCAAAACUUAUUUUCCACUGAUGACUUAUACUGGAAGUACUGUUAAUUUUGCUGCUAUAUUAUCAAGUAUACUAGUUAACAAUAAAGUGUUUCUUAAUAAGCUAUACAUUUAUAUUGAAAUAAUGUGUAGUUAGAGGUUUGUGUUUCUUUAUAUAUUAAAGAGCACUCCCAAUUAGCUGAUUAUGCAAAAUACUAAACUUCAUGUACAUUUUUCAAUUCAACUUUCCACUUAAAUUGUUAUAAUGAUAAUACAAUUCGUAAUAAACCAUGUAUUCAAUUAGAAAAGAAUAUGCAAGUCUCUCAAUAGUGGUCUUAGACUUUUAAACCCCUCUUUAUCCAAGAAAUGGUUGAACAGCUUGUGGUGAUUGAUUUGGCAGUUUGGAAGAGAUCUUACCACAUUUAAUUUGAAUUAGUUUUAUAUUUGCCUCCAGUGCACUGCCAGUUUUAACUAAUGAAAUGCAGGCUACAGGCUUGCUAUUUAUAGUAUUUUGCCGCACAACUAAAGUUUUGUUUGUUUAAAGUCUUUACAUGAAUUUAGAAACAUGUGUAUUUAGUUUGAGUAGAUGACAUACAACUAAUGUUGUGAUGCUGUAGCCUAUCUUUGUUUAACACUUACACCAUUCUUCUAUUCCUUUAAAUAGAUAAUGUCAAAUGCCAAAAAUAACACUAUUUUACUUAGUAAAGGAUUUUAAAAAAGAGGCCCAAAAAUAUUGGCUUUGAAAAAAUAUAUCACCUUGCCAAACAUUACUCUUAUGCAUGCUUUUACAUAUUAAUUGCAACUGCUGUAAAUAUGAUGUCUGAUUUUAUAUAACAGUAUAACUUGUACAAAAAUGAUGUGGAAGAAAAUGCUUGCCAGAGAUGUUUAUCAAAUAAAGGGCUGCCUGUGUA